UUUUGGAAGGAGGAAGUGACAGUACAUAGAGUUGUAGGCGCUCUCAAUAGAUGCCAACCACUUAAGACUCUUUUCCAGCUGAGCAGUGACUUCUGUGGUGUCUUGAAAGCAGGGACAGAUCAUGACGGCUCCCUCAGGAGAGCAGGCUCUGGCUGGAGAGAGAAAGUUCAGGAUGCCCAGCUGCCUCCUAAAGCUGACCAGGGUGGUGCUGAGCCAAAAGCCCUGGGCCCUGUUUAUCCUCAUCUUUGUGUUCGUAUCCUUUGCCUACCACAAGCUGUACUGGGGAAUCUGGGAGGACCCAAAGAGCAGAGUCCCCACCUACAGUUUGUCUGCUGAGAUCAGCUGUGCUCACUGUGUGCCUCCUCCCCCUGACAUUGUUGGUGAACCCUCUCCCUCCACAGGAAAGGUAUUUUUUGUGGAGACCUCAGAGCAAAUUACCCCAAGUUACCUGUUCUCAUGCUCUGUGGAAUCAGCAGCCAGGACACACCCUGCAUCAAGAGUCGUGGUGCUCAUGAGAGGCUUGGUCAAAAAAAAUGCCUCCUUACCCAAGCACUGGGCUUUCUCCUUGCUGAGCUGCUUCCCCAAUGUGGAAAUUCAGCCCCUGGACUUGACAGAGCUCUUUUCUGGAACACCUCUGGCACAGUGGUACUUGGAGCCUCAGCGGCACCAAGAGCCUCAUUUUUUAGCUGUCCUGUCUGAUGCCUGCAGGAUUGUCCUCAUGUGGAAAUUUGGUGGCAUCUACCUGGAUACAGACUUCAUUGUGCUUAAGAACUUACAGAACCUCACCAAUGCCCUCGGGAUUCAGGAUCACGAUGUAUUGAAUGGAGCCUUUCUGUCCUUUAAGCCCAAGCACAAAUUCAUGAAGCUUUGCAUGCAGGACUUUGUGGAGGACUACAAUGGCUGGGUUUGGGGGCACCAGGGCCCAGAGCUCCUAACUCGUGUCUUCAAGAAGUGGUGUUCCAUCCGGACUAUCGAGAGCAUGCGCUGCAAAGGUGUGAGGGCUCUUGCCCCAGAAGUCGUUUAUCCUAUUCCCUGGCAGGACUGGAAGAAGUUGUUUGAGGCAGUCAGUGCCUCGGAGCUUCACAAACUCCUUAAGAACACCUAUGCAGUGCACAUAUGGAACAAGCUGAGCCAUGGGACCAAGUUAGAGAUCCCCUCCCAGGCUCUGCUGGCUCAGCUCUAUUCCCAGUUCUGCCCUGCCACCUACGCAAAGAUGAAACAGGAUUCGGAACAGUUGUCAAGGCAUGCAGUGUGA